UUAGUCAUUGCGAGUCAUUUUAUUUAUAAAUACACAAUUUUGAAGAUUUUGAAUUUUGACCGUCAAAUUACAUAUAAUGAGCUUGGGCUGCCUGUGGCAAACAUAGAAAUAAAUAAGGGAAUUAAGAAAUAUUUUGUUUUGAAUAACAUCCACAAGGUUUCACAUUCGGUCUGACAGCAGGUUUAAGGGGCUUGAGAAAUGACGGAAGAAGAUACUGGAAAUAUUUUGGCAUUUUCAAGCAUACAAAUCUUUAUCGUAUUAUCGUAAGAAGGUUCUUGUUUUUGGGUUAUCAAGAGAAUGUGGAUUAUUUAAGCAUUUAGGAGAUAGCUAUAUGGAUUGUUUUAAAGAUCUUUUCUUGUGAUGUGUCACGCGGAUAAAUUUCGUGACGCUUUAGGUUUUACUUUCGCAAUAAAUUUACUUUGAAAACACCAGCAAUUUCCGCCUCAUCCUUUCGGUUCUCGUAGGAUGUUACAGCUCCUUUCAAGGUAGACGUUUUCAAAAUGGAUGAUUUGGUUCCCCAAAAGCUAGACGAAAUCAAACUCCCAUGGCCAGUUCAUCUGAACAUCGGAGGAAAGCACUUUACUGUUAGCCGUCGUACUCUUAUGGAGGAUUCAUCGACGUUGUUCCAUGCUUUGCUUUCCAACCCGAAAAUCAAGCCACAGGCCGAUGGCUGCUAUUUCAUUAACCGCGACCCGAAGCAUUUCCGCUACAUUUUAAACUUCAUACGCACUGGGAUAGCCAAUUUGCCUGAAGAUGCUAAAUCAUUAAAUGAAAUUCUCCUCGAGGCUCGAUUCUACCAGCUUCAAGGCCUAUUGGAACAUCUGACUCAGCCUUUCAUGUUGUUAAAAGGAGUUGUGGACUUAGCGACGUUGAGGGAAGCUUUCUCGGGUUCUUUAAUUCUUGGUUUGGAGCUGCGGAGCGCUCUAGCGGAGCUCGUGGGCGAAGGAGUAAAAGGAAGAGAGUACAGGUUGCUGUAUAGAGGAUCACGUGACGGGUGGGAGGCGGCGACCUUCCAUUUUCUGUCUGACAACAGGGGGCCCACGGUGACGGUGGUCAGACGAGGCGGAAGUGUAUUUGGCGGGUACACCUCCCAGUCAUGGGCAGGAUGCGGAAGUAAAACCGACCCAACUGCAUUCCUUUUCUCGUUGGUAAACGGCGCGGGACUCGGCCCGAGGAAGCUGCGUUUGAAGUCUGGUGAAGAGGAUCAGGCGAUUUUUUGUCAUCCUAAUGCCGGUCCCACAUUCGGCCAAGGCCGUGACCUCAGCAUCGUAGAUCAUGCGAACAUGAAUGGUCAAAACUGCAGCCGUUUGGAUAACACCUACGAGUGCCCCGAGGGACAAGUAGGGACGCUAUUCCUGACAGGGACAUUAACUUUUAGUGUGUCUGAGCUCGAAGUGUAUAGGGUUGUUAAAGAAUCGGCACCUCAUGUAAAAGAAGAUCAGUCUUUGAAAGAAGUCGCCAAAGAAGAUGAACCUUUGAAUCAGGUUACCAAAGAUGAGGUACAGUUGUCAUAGUGUUUGUUUUCGCUAACGCUAUCAUACAGGGGUGUAGUCAGGGGGGUGGCCUAGGGGACCCUGGCCCCCCCCUCUAGCAGCCAAAAAUACAGUAAAUGUGUGAGACAUGAUCUAAAAUACAGGAGAAAAUGCCUUUUAAGUCCCUUUUGGGCCCCCUCCUGUAAAAAAAUCCCGGCUACGCCGCUGUAAUAGUACUAGUUGUGAGUGUGAUGAGAGAUCUGCAAUUUUAUUGAUGCUUAUGAAAUCAAAUGUUGAAUAUCAUUCAUACGCAUGCUCGGAGACCCAGGGCAUAAAGGACGAAAAAUUAUCGCAAAAACGAAGCGUUAGAUGUGUAAGAGGAUGGGAGGGGACGGGAAGAGAAGGGAAACCCACGCCUUCUUUUCCCUCUCCCCCCUCGCUCUCGUCUCCAUUGUGGAUCUCCGAAGAUGUUUAUACGGAAGUUGACAAACUGUAUAUCAAUCAGUUAAUUUUUGGUAGAUGGCACACUUUUACAUAUAUCAAAAGUUGCACUUCCCAACAUUAAAGACAUCAAUAUUGUAAACUAAAUAAUACAUUAAAAUAAGACAACUCCCAUUUUUUCGAGUUGAACCUAGGCUGAAAUCAUUAGGUUUUGCAUUCUAGUAACAUGUUUACACGCGUCUUUUCACGACCAUCUAGUUUGUUUAAUUGUGGUUUUUUGCACUCUGUUGUCACUUUGGACAGGUGUGUGAUUACUAAGUUACUAAGUGUGACUACUGAUUUCAAUCUUGACUUGAACGCUGUUAUAAUUAUAAUUAUGCAUUUUUAAUUUCCUAUAUUCAUGGUCAUAAUGCCAGAAGACCUUUCAAGUAUUCGACUUGGCAGGGUUCAAUCACAAAAAUUAUUUUUUCAUGUAACCGAUAAAACAAUUCAUACCAAUAAACUCGUAUAUUUUUUUAA